GCGGAUGCUUUUGCACAAAUCUUAGAGAGAAUAUUAACUAUUGAGGAGAAGCUCAACACAAAAAUUGAUGACGUGGCGCUGCAGGUAUGCAACUUAAAGGAGGCUGAUGACCUUCAUGAAAAGAUAUCACAUGACUAUAUUACUAAUAUAAAACAUGAGAAUAAAUAUCUCAAGAAAGAAAAUACUGCCCUUAAAGGAAAAAUUGAGUAUACCACUAUGGUAAUGUCAGAUCUCAAUACUAAACUUAAAUUGUUAGAUGAGGAAAAGCAAAGUCUAGUAACUGCACUUAAAAUCUUACAAGGAAAAGAAAUUGUGAUGAACGACUGGUGUAACAAUGAAAUUGGUGCCUUCAUCAAUGCUGAUGAUAAAUUAAAACAAAACUCUGGCAUGGCAAAACCAAAAGGUUCAAAACGACAGUUUGGAAACAUACUUGAAUGCAAGAAUGCGUUUGAAAUACUUACAGUAGAGGAUGAUAGCGAACAUACUGAUAAUGACAAACAAGAAACUGUCGGGGAAGGUUUGAGUACCGGUACUCAAGUAGCUGAGGAGGAUGUCUUUGUUGAAUGUAAUGUAAUGUGA